AUGGCUCGGGCCUUGCCUCCUCCUCCUCUUGGCCGUCGUCGUCUCCCCGAUGCUUGCCGCGGCGGCGGAUGCGCGCCCGGGAAAUGCGGCAACCUGGCCGUCUCCAUCCCGUUCGGGGUCGUCCAUGGCUCUGAGGAGAACCGGUGCGCGCAUUUUGGGUUCCAGGUCCACUGCAAGGACGACGUCCCCUACCUCGGGUACUACGAGCCCGAGUACGGGUUACAGAUCCUGGAUAUCUUCUACAGCAACGGCUCCCUGCUCGUCUCUGACGUCCACAAGCUCGGCGACUUCGAUCUCUCCAGCGACGGAAGUCGCUGCCAUGUGCCGACGGCCAACACGGCCACCAAAGUCGGACACCCGUUCUCCAUCAGCCCUCUCAACAAGAACCUCGUCUUCUACAACUGCACGAAGCGGCCGGCGCCGCGGACGAUGCGCCGAGCGGGGCUGGUGGACACGGUGUGCCGGAACAACACGUUUGUCCGCGCGGGAGGGUGGUACAACGAGACGGGCGGGAUCAACGGCAGCUACGCUCUGGAGGGCUGCACCGCCACCGCCGUGCCGGUGCUCGGGGCGUCCGGAGAGGUCGCCCGGGUCUUCGCCGAGAGCUCCUCCCUCGUCGCCGUGAACCACAACCUCCUCGUCCCGCCCCGCGCCGGCUGCCCGCCGUGGUGGUUCAACAUCUCGCUGGGCCUCGGGCUGGGGCCCUACACCAUCAGCAGGAAGAACCGGGAGGUGCUCGUCCUCUACAACUGCACCGAGCAGCCACAGGGGUUCAACCGCACGCGCUGCGCCGACGGGUCCUUCUACCGCCUCGGCGGGGGAUAUGGCAGCCACCUCGAACCGGGCGUUGUCCCGCCGGCCUGCAACCUCUCCGUCGUGCCGGUUCUUGGGUUUCCGGACGGCGACGAUGACUAUGUCCAGAGCAUGAGGCAAGGGUUCCUGCUAGAGUGGACGGUGCCGUCGGACGACUGCCCCGAGUGCGAGGCAAGCGGCGGGCAGUGCAGGUACGCCGGCGACGGCACCGGGUUUUCCUGCAACUGCUCCGGCGUCGCCCACCCCGAGAAGUGCGACUCUUCUUAUGCAGGGCGCCGUAAAAUGGCAACGGGGACGAUUCUUAAAAUAGUUGGAGCAGGACUAGGUGGUGCUGUACUCAUGGCAUGUCUCGGCUGUUUUGUCUGGUACAAACGCAAGAAGAGGAAACAAGCUAUAGCUUCAAAUGAGUUCGUGCGAAGUGGAUCUUCAAUGACGUCAUACAGUAAAGACCUUGAGUUGGAUUGUUCUCCUCAUAUCUUCACUUUCGAGGAACUCGAAGUGGCUACUGAUGGAUUUAGUGCUUCAAGGGAGCUUGGUGAUGGUGGUUUUGGUACUGUCUACAAAGGAAAACUAAAGGAUGGGAGAGUAGUUGCGGUGAAACGCCUUUACAAGAACAACUACAGACGGGUUGAGCAGUUCCUGAAUGAAGUUGACAUCCUUUCGCGCCUGCUCCACCAGAACCUUGUCAUCUUAUAUGGAUGUACGUCGCGUAUGAGCCGUGACCUUCUCCUAGUGUACGAGUUCAUCGCAAAUGGCACGGUUGCGGACCAUCUUCACGGAUCCCGUUCGGUGGAACGAGGGCUCACAUGGCCUCUAAGGCUGAACAUUGCCAUAGAAACGGCUGAAGCACUAGCCUACCUACAUGCGGUUGAGAUCAUACACCGAGAUGUGAAGACAACCAACAUAUUGCUCGACAACAGCUUCCAUGUCAAAGUUGCAGACUUUGGGUUGUCACGCCUGUUUCCGCUUGAGGUUACCCAUGUGUCGACUGUUCCACAGGGCACACCGGGCUACGUCGACCCAGUGUACCGCCAGUGCUACAAGCUGACCGACAAGAGUGACGUGUACAGCUUCGGUGUCGUGCUAGUGGAGCUGAUAUCAUCGAAACCUGCUGUGGACAUGAGCAGGAGCCAUAGUGAGAUCAACCUGGCGAACAUGGCUCUCAACAGGAUUCAGAACCAUGAAGUUGUUAAGCUGAUUCAUCCAGAGCUCGGCUACGACACCGACCCCGAAACGAAGAGGACAAUCGAUCGCGUCGCCGAGGUGGCCUUCCAGUGCUUGCAGCUGGAGAGGGAUCUGAGGCCGUCGAUCAAGGAGGUGGUGGAGAUCCUGACUUGCAUCAGGGACGGAGACUGUCGGGCUAAUAGCAUGAAGAAGAAGAAGGCAUCUCAGAAAGAGGACGCGUCUUUGCUCAAGGAUGGCUUGCAGUUCUCGCCCGACACAGUUACACAUAGAUUCUAUAGCCAGUCAACUAACCACUCGGUUGCGUCAAAUGCUAGCGGAUUAUCUAUAACGGCAAAUGCUGAAAAGAAUGCCGCAUAG